AUGCGUGUUCUCGUGUGCGUGUUCCUCGUGGUGGCCCUUGCCGGGCAAGGUGUUCUAGGGCAGUGUGAUGCCAAUACCCCAUACCGUACGUUCGACGGCACCUGCAACAAUCUGCAGAACCCAUCCUGGGGAUCGGCCAACACACCCUACGGACGGUUGAUUCCAGCGGAGUAUGGAGAUGGGUUUUCAACGCCUCGUCGAUCGAAAACCGGUGUGGAUCUUUCCAGCGCUCGGCAAAUUUCUUUGUCGUUGUUCACAGAACCAAACAUGCUCGAUCCCCGGAUGUCAUUGGUGAACAUGCAAUUUGGUCAAUUCGUGGCGCAUGAUAUGGGAAUGCGAGCUGGAAGUUCCGAUCCAAUUCUAUGCUGUCAAAACGGCAAGGUUGUCCCAACUCCCGGUAAACGAUGCUUUUCUAUCCCCGUGCAAUUGAACGAUCCUUUAUUAGCAUCUGGCGGGGUGCAAUGCUUGGAUUUAGUGCGCACUUUGAAUACCUGUGACGUUAAUCCGGCGACUUGUACAACCCAACAGGCGCAACAAAUGAAUGCUGCCACUUCUUUAUUGGAUCUAUCCGUUGUCUACGGAAAUAGUGUAGGACAAAAUUCGUUGUUACGAACCUUCAUCGGUGGCCGAAUGAGGGUUGAAAAUCGUAACGGAACUGAGUGGCCGCCGAAAUCGAUGGGAACAUGUUCCCAGAGCAUACAAAGUACUACGCCGUAUUCGGACUCCUGCUUCAUGACCGGUGAUGACCGUAGUAGCAUUACACCGCAACUGAUGAUCUUGCAUAUUGCCUUCCUACGUGAACAUAACAGAAUCGCACAACAGUUGCAAAUCUCGCACCCCCAAUGGAACGAUGAAAAAAUCUUCCAAGAGGCUCGGCGCAUUAACAUCGCACAGUAUCAGCACAUUGUCUACUAUGAGUGGCUCCCAUUUUAUCUUAGUGGGGACCUUAUGAAGCAGCGUGGUAUGAUUGGACAAAUGCGGGAUUUUGUCAGCGACUAUAACCCUACCGUCAAUCCCACCGUACUGAACGCCCAUGCGAAUGGUGCUUUCAGAUACUUUCAUUCAUCUAUUGUUGGCAAUCUACACCUUUAUCAAGAAUCACGAGCACUCAGCGGAGUGGUAAACAUAAAUGCGCAUAUGUUCAAUACUACGAUAUUGGAGAUAAACGACGGUUACACGAUGUUGACUCGAGGCAUGGCUACACAACCGAUGGGCUUAAACGAUUGGAAUUAUGAUCCUGAAAUCCGACACUAUCUCUUUAGUACUCCAAUGCGUAAAGGAACUGAUUUGAAAGCAUUAGACAUUCAGCGAAGUCGAGACCAUGGAAUUGCUGGCUACAACGCGUUCCGUCAGUACUGCGGCCUAGGACGAGCCACUCGUUGGGAAGAUUUUGGUUACCUCCGAGGUCCAGCGGACAUUCAACUCCUCAACACUCUGUAUCGCACGGUUGACGAUGUGGAUCUAACUGUGGCCGAGUUCUUUGAAAAGCAUAUUCCGGGAACUCAGGCAGGACCAACCUAUCACUGCAUUCUGAUGGAGCAAUUCCUUCGUACUCGUCGUGGCGAUCGCUUUUUCUUUGAAAACGAAAUGACGGCGGGAGCCUUUACGUUUCCACAGUUGAACGAAAUUCGGAAGGCUAGCAUGGCGCGAAUAUUGUGCGAUAAUACACCUAGUAUAACGCAAAUGCAACGACGCGCAUUCCAGCAGAUCGCAGUCGAUGUUAAUCCUUUAGCACCAUGCGGCACACUUCCGGCUCUAGAUGCACGUUUGUGGUAA